AUGGACGUCAGUAGGGAUGGCAGUGGAGGGUCGUGGCCACCCUCACCCUCCAACACCGGCUGUCAUAAAGGCAUUGUUGCAGUCUGCAUCAUCCUUUUCCUUAUUGUGGGCAUCUUUGCAGGCCUCGCUAUUGCAUACCUGCUGGAGGAACCGCAUGAUUUCUUGGAAACCGUGGAGCUGAAGGGACUCAAGUACAGUCCUGAUCUGGAGGAUGGAAACUCUGGUUUCUCUAUAAUACUUUCCUCAGCUUUAAAGUCCAAAGUGAGGGCUGAAAUAUCAUAUGCAAGGUGUCCAGAAAAUGCUUACACUUGUGAAAACGGGGAAUGUAUUGCCAAAAAAAACCCAGCGUGUGAUUUCAUCCCCGACUGUGCAGAUGCAUCUGAUGAGGCUCGCUGUGACUGCGGCUUACGCCCGGCAAUGGGGAGUCGGAUAGUUGGUGGUGAGGACGCCCGCCAAGGCGAGCUGCCCUGGCAGGUCAGUCUGAGGUACCACUGGAGGCACACAUGUGGAGCCUCCAUCAUCAACGAGCGCUGGAUCAUCAGUGCAGCACACUGCUUUGAAGGUGCCAACAAUCCCAGUGAAUGGACAGCACUGGUUGGAGCCAACCUGGUCAACGGCAUAGAGGCCAAGUCGAAAACUAUUAACAUCAAGUCGAUAAUUGUCAAUCCUGAAUACGACCCCAUGACCAGCAACAACGAUGUGACUAUCCUGGAGCUGGAGACGCCCCUCACCUUCAACUCUUACAUCCAGCCUGUCUGUAUUCCCCCUCCAUCCCACGUCUUUGAGCCCGGUCAGAGCUGCAUUGUGUCUGGGUGGGGCGCUCUGCAGCAGUUUAGCACACAUGUCCCUAACAUGCUGCAGAAAGCGUUGGUUAAGAUCAUAGACUCCAAGGCAUGCAAUCAGUCAUCUGUGUACAGAGGUGCUAUUACUCACAAAAUGAUGUGUGCUGGAUUCCUACAGGGGAAGGUGGACUCCUGUCAGGGUGACUCUGGAGGGCCCCUUGUGUGUGAGGGCGGACCCGGGAGGUUCUUUCUGGCUGGGGUGGUGAGCUGGGGUGUGGGUUGUGCCCAGGUCAACAGGCCUGGAGUUUAUGCCCGCGUCACCAAGCUCAGAAACUUUAUUUUAAAAUACACAGAUCCAGCUUUGGUCAAUGACCAAGUAAAGCCUGUUCCAACAAUACCAGCCCAAUUGACCAGUAAGUCCUCUGGGAGCCUCCCAGUGCCUCAGAGCAUGGCAAUGGAUGAACCUGCUGGAGUCCCUCAACCUGCCACAAACUGCAGUGAGAACUUCCAAUGUGGCUCCAGUUUGUGCAUCAGUAAAGUCAACCCGGAGUGUGACAGAAUCCCCGACUGCCCCAAUGAAGCCGACGAGAAAAACUGUGGUAAUGUUUAUGGGCAUAAAACACAGUGAAUGUUGGGUUUCGACAACUUGGUACUUGAGCUGUGUCUUUGCUCCAGACUGUGGAGUUCGUCCUGCGCUGGGCGUUCAG